AUGAGGUGGUCAAACCUGUACAAACCCAAGCAUAGUGGGGGAUUGGGAUUCAGGGAUUUCAAGAUAUUCAAUGAGGCUAUUCUAGCAAAACAGGUCUGGAGAUUAAUGCAUCGUGAAGACUCCAUGUUGUAUAGAUGCUUGAAAGCUCGAUAUUUCCCUAAGCAUUCUAUCCUGGAGGCUCCAGUAGGCUUUAGGCCAAGUUAUGCCUGGAGAAGCAUAUGUGCAGCUCGACAUGUUAUUAUGGAUGGCUCUAGGUGGAGGGUGGGUAAUGGGAAGUCAAUUAAAAUCUGGGAAGAUGCUUGGAUCCCAGGUCAGGGUUCUGGUAUGGUUCUGAGUCCAAUCAAGAUGUUCCCCUCUGAUGCCAAAGUGGAAGACUUAAUAAUAGAUGUUGAGGCUAGAAGUUGGGAUAAAAGUUUGGUUGAAGGGAUUUUCCAUCACGCUGAGGCUAGUAAGAUCUUGAGAAUUCUGUAG